AUGAGCAGGAUCCUGGAGAGCGAAAAUGAAACAGAAAGCGAUGAAAGCUCCAUCAUAUCCACUAGCAAUGGCUCUGUCAGUGAAAGAUCAAGAAAUAAUCAAGAACUAAAAUCGUCGACCCACACAGUUCAAAAUAGAUUGGAACUUUUCAGUAGGAGACUGUCUCAACUUGGAUUAGCAAGCGAUAUUUCUAUCGAUCAACAAGUUGAAAGUUCAUCCAAUAGCACUUAUGAGCAGAAGGAAAUGACCAAAACAAAUGCACAAACGGAACAAAAGAGCCGCAAAGAGAAACCGGAUACUCAGAAGAUUCAAAUAAAAUUUCAACCUAUUGGAUCUAUGGCACAAUUAAAACCCUCUGUUUGUAAGAUUUCUAUGUCACAAUCUUUUGCGAUGGUAAUUUUAUUCCUCAAAAGACGGCUGAAGAUGGACAAUGUUUAUUGUUAUAUAAAUAAUUCUUUUGCACCUAGUCCACAGCAAAAUGUUGGGGAGCUUUGGAUGCAAUUUAAAGUCAAUGAUGAGCUAAUUGUGAGUUAUUGUGCAUCGGUAGCGUUUGGGUAG